GGGACCUCGGAGCUGGAGCUGCAGCUGGAGCUGGAGCUGGAGCUGGAGCUGGAGCUGGAUCCCGAGCCCGGGCUGGGGCGGGGGUCGGGGCCGGAGCGGGCUCCAACGAUAUGGGGUCGGCCGACUCCAAGCUGAACUUCCGAAAGGCGGUGAUCCAGCUCACCACCAAGACGCAGCCCGUAGAAGCCACCGAUGACGCCUUUUGGGACCAGUUCUGGGCGGACACGGCCACCUCGGUGCAGGAUGUUUUUGCCCUGGUGCCGGCGGCGGAGAUUCGGGCUGUGCGAGAGGAGUCGCCCUCCAACCUGGCCACUCUGUGCUACAAGGCCGUCGAGAAGCUGGUGCAGGGAGCUGAGAGCGGCUGCCAUUCGGAGAAGGAGAAGCAGAUUGUCCUGAACUGCAGCCGGCUUCUCACUCGCGUGCUGCCCUACAUCUUUGAGGACCCUGACUGGAGGGGCUUCUUCUGGUCCACAGUGCCUGGGGCAGGGCGAGGAGGGCAGGGAGAGGACGAUGAUGAGAAUGCCCGGCCCCUGGCUGAGUCCCUGCUCCUGGCCAUUGCUGACCUGCUCUUCUGCCCCGAUUUCACCGUCCAGAGCCACCGGAGGAGCACUGUGGACUCAGCAGAGGACGUCCACUCCCUGGACAGCUGUGAAUAUAUCUGGGAGGCCGGGGUGGGCUUUGCUCAUUCCCCCCAGCCCAACUACGUCCACGACAUGAACCGGAUGGAGCUGCUGAAGCUGCUGCUGACAUGCUUCUCUGAGGCCAUGUACCUGCCCCCAGCUCCGGACAGUGGCAGCACCAACCCGUGGGUGCAGUUCUUUUGUUCCACAGAGAACAGACACGCCCUGCCCCUCUUCACCUCUCUCCUCAACACCGUGUGUGCCUAUGACCCUGUGGGCUAUGGGAUCCCCUACAACCACCUGCUCUUCUCCGACUACCGGGAACCCCUGGUUGAGGAGGCUGCCCAGGUGCUCAUCGUCACCUUGGACCAUGACAGCGCCACCAGCGCCAGCCCCACCGUGGACGGCACCACCACAGGCACUGCCAUGGACGAUGCUGAUCCUCCAGCCCCCGAGAACCUGUUUGUGAACUACCUGUCUCGCAUCCAUCGCGAGGAGGACUUCCAGUUCAUCCUUAAGGGCAUAGCCCGGCUGCUGUCCAACCCCCUGCUCCAGACCUACCUGCCCAACUCCACCAAGAAGAUCCAGUUCCACCAGGAGCUGCUGGUCCUCUUCUGGAAGCUCUGCGACUUCAACAAGAAAUUCCUCUUCUUUGUGCUGAAGAGCAGCGAUGUGCUGGACAUCCUGGUUCCCAUUCUCUACUUCCUCAACGAUGCCCGAGCUGAUCAGUCUCGGGUGGGCCUGAUGCACAUUGGCGUCUUCAUUCUGCUGCUUCUGAGCGGGGAGCGGAACUUCGGGGUGCGGCUGAACAAGCCCUACUCAGUGCGCGUGCCCAUGGACAUCCCAGUCUUCACCGGUACCCACGCGGACCUGCUCAUUGUGGUAUUCCACAAGAUCAUCACCAGCGGGCACCAGCGGCUGCAGCCCCUCUUCGAUUGUCUGCUCACCAUAGUGGUCAACGUGUCCCCCUACCUCAAGAGCCUGUCCAUGGUGGCCGCCAACAAGCUGUUGCACCUGCUGGAGGCCUUCUCUACCACCUGGUUCCUCUUCUCUGCCGCCCAGAACCACCACCUGGUCUUCUUCCUCCUGGAGGUUUUCAACAACAUCAUCCAGUACCAGUUCGACGGCAACUCCAACCUGGUCUACGCCAUCAUCCGGAAGCGCAGUGUCUUCCACCAGCUGGCCAACCUGCCCACCGACCCGCCUGCCAUCCACAAGGCGCUGCAGCGGCGGCGACGCACACCGGAGCCCUUGUCCCGCACUGGCUCGCAGGAGGGCGCCUCCAUGGAGGGCUCCCGCCCUGCCGCCCCCGCCGAGCCAGGCACCCUCAAGACCAGCCUGGUGGCCACCCCAGGCAUUGACAAGCUGACAGAGAAGUCCCAGGUGUCAGAGGAUGGCACCUUGCGAUCCCUGGAGCCUGCGUCCCAACAGAGCUCAGCAGACGGCAGCCCAGCUGUGGAGGAGCCCAGCCAGGUGUGGCGGGAACAGCGGCGACCAUCCAACUCGUCAGCCAGUGGGCAGUGGAGCCCAACAUCGGAGUGGGUCCUCUCCUGGAAGUCCAAGCUGCCACUGCAGACCAUCAUGAGGCUGCUCCAGGUGCUGGUUCCCCAGGUGGAGAAGAUCUGCAUUGACAAGGGCCUGACAGACGAGUCGGAGAUCCUGAGGUUCCUGCAGCACGGUACCCUGGUGGGGCUGCUGCCCGUGCCCCACCCCAUCCUCAUCCGCAAGUACCAGGCCAACUCGGGCACGGCCAUGUGGUUCCGCACCUACAUGUGGGGCGUCAUCUAUCUGAGGAAUGUGGACCCACCUGUCUGGUACGACACCGAUGUGAAGCUAUUUGAGAUACAGCGAGUAUGAGGAUGGAAGCCUGCAAGGGGCAGGGACCAGGGGAGGGCAGGGGCCCUUGUCCUUCUGAUGCUUCCCCCAACCCACCGUUCUGAGCUUUAAAUGACUACGAUCAGGGCUGGUGGCUGGCAGAGUGGCCGAGUCCUGGGUAGCAGGCCCUGGAGGCCCCUUGUGGCUGGGACAGUGGGGACCAGCUCUGACCCGCCCCCCUGACUAGGCUGGACUCACAGGAGCUUCUCGUCUCCAGGGCUGCAGGCCCCAGCCCGAGCCCCCAUCUCACUCUGCUCCCCCUCAAGACCUGUUUUCUGUGCUGCCCCUCAGUCCCCACCCAGCCCCUGUGCUGCCCACACCCAGAUGCCACAGGUCACUAUGCCCGAAUGGGUUGCCCAAGAGGGAGCCUUGGGCCAUCCCUUGUGGCACCUGGGCAGGGUGAGGGGAGCCCUUCCAACCCUCCCAACCUGAAAUCACCUGGUCAGGCCUGGCUAGCUGCCAGGGCCCGCGGGAGGAAGGGGCGUGGGAGGAAGGAGCGUGGCCAGGCUGCUCGAGGAGGAGGCUGGGGGCUGGCAGACUGCAAAAGCCAGACUAGGGGAGCUCAUGCAUUUUAGGGGUUUGGAGUAGGGUGUUGAGGGUCUCCUGCUAUAUUCUCCCAGGUCAAUGGAUAUAGAUAUAGCUGGCUCCUUCUUAUCCAGUAACGGGGGGGGGAAAGGAAUGAGGAGAGCAAGGGCAGCUGUACAGUCCUCCCUGCCCCCGCCCACUGCCUGGAUGACUGGGGGAAGGGGGGCCAGGAGGCCACCCCUCCGUCCUGCUGGCUCUGGCCUCUGGGUCUCCCUCAACCUACCUGUGUCAGUACAAUCUUUGCUCUGUACAAUCUCUUACACAAUAAAACUCCCCUCUCCA